AUGAACUUGAUAUUAAAAAUAGAGAUGGAACAUAAAUUAUUCAGUGAAUGGACUUUUUGGUUUGAUGGAUUUUCAAAUAAAUCAACUGAAACAUAUGGAUCAAACAUUGUCCCUAUUGGAAGCUUCAAAACUGCUGAAGAAUUUUGGGGAAUAUAUGAUGCUAUUCCUAAAUUAGGAACAAUGGAAAAUGGAUCAGAUGUUUCAUUAUUCAAAAAUGGAAUUAAACCAAUAUGGGAAGACACUAGUAAUGUUGGAGGUGGAAGAAUACAAAUAAUUUUGACUAAUGCUAACAAUGAGUUAUGUCAACAAUACUGGAGAGAUACCGUUUGUUAUUGA